AUAGUCAUGACCUAAAAACGCAAAAACAAGUAUCCAUUUCCCUAGCACGUACGAUAACCUUCGGCUUCUGAGAGGUACUUUGAGCUUUUGCCAUUGUUCUCGAAAGAUAGAUUUUUAUUCGAUUCGUAAUAGUGUAUGCCAACGUAUUCAGGACGGGACGUGGGCAGGUCUAAGAAGCCAAGUCACGACUUGUGAGCCGCGAGUACCUCAUCUUCCCGAGUGACGCAAAACUUAGGAUAAGCCUGCGGAGACAACUUUGUCAGAUCAAUUUAAAAUGAAGACUAGAGAAUAAUCGGCCAUGGUUGAAUUAUUUCAGUAUCAUUGGCUCGUGAACUUCCAUUGGCAACAUCUUUGAUUUUGACACUAAUCAUAAUCGAGUGUUUUCAUAAAAUGAUCUGCUAAAGAUUUCGUGGCAGUGUCGAGAAAAGCCGCUCAAGGAGGCCUGAAAAAGAAGACCCCGGCGGGACGUUUGAUUCACAAAAUGAAAAAACUAAACAGGAAAUUGACAAAAACGCACCAAAGAUGUACAAGGCAAGGUAGAGCGUGGAUUUCACGUGAGGGACCCGAAGGCGAUUGCGUGAUCGAGAAUGAUACGACUAACUCCUCUUCGGUCUCACAAGGGACUACAGAGGAUCUGAUCAGGCCUCCUUGCUCUCAUACAGCUGAUUUUAUGUACAAAGGGUAUCCUGUCAACUUGGGACUCUUGUUCCAGUGUUUCUGGGUCAAUUGCCUCUUGCCUCCUGGGUCUCAGGCUCAAUUGCUGGACUUGGCAUCACAUGAAGAGCCAUUUGAACCUGAAAAAAUUGAUCCAAAGAAGUGCUUUUUCUAUGAUGACUAUCCAUUGGAAGUUGUAGAAUUGCCGGAUCUGCCUGAUGGGAAGAAAAUUGAACUGACUUUUGACAGAGAAGGGCUUGUUGAGGCUUCAACACAGACAACAAAGCCAUUUAAAGAAAUAAGCGAGUGUGGAAUGUCUGUGAAAUCAGUUGGCUCUGAUCAUCAAGAAUGGUCUUACACCUUGUAUGACUUUGAAGGAAAGGGACAAGUAACCAGAGAUGACUUGAAAAACCUGGUCAAGUCCAUUUAUGAAGUUCUUGGCAAAAGUGUCGCACAGUCAAAGAACCAGCCAAAGGAUCCACUAAAAAAACUCAAAGUAAGAUUAUCAGUAUCAAAAGAAAGAGGAAAAAAUGGUAAUGGAGAACCAUCAACUUGUCAUGAGUAUGUGAUUUCUGCCGUCACACAAGAUCACACAAAGAAAAGUAGAACCAGGACUUAUCCAGUAGAAAGAUGUGACUCAAUGGCAGUUAAUCCACCUGAAAGCUUGAUGGAUAUUCAUAAAGUACAGUCAAUUGUGCAUGAGCGAACAGUAAUGGAAGGCUUAGAGAAAGGCAUUCCUUAUACUCAAAAGACAAACUGUAAAAAAUGUGACCAUGGAAGAAAAAGUAAGUCCACAACAGUGAAAGAAGAAGUCCAGAGGAAUCCUGCUUCUGCUGAUCCAAAUCCUGGAGGUUACCGGUGUCCCAAGAGGAUGCAAACUGGGCCAGGAGAAUGUAACCCUCCAAGUCCACAACAAACAGACUUGUGUAGAGUAAGAGAUUGGCUGAAUAAGCUUUGUGAGCCAAAUGGUGGACAGGCAUUUGAGAAGACAGAAAGUCGCCAUCGCCACAGAAAGUCUCGCCAUCAUUCCUGCAAACAGGACUCUUUUGAACCCGACUUUGACCUGCAUAGGUGUCCACAGUAUUUAGACCUAGCAACGGAUCAUGCAACCUAUCCCUAUCAUGUCCAAAGUCAUGCUUGUUUGUAUGGAAACCCUUCUCCUAGACAACGUCAUUCAAAACAUCCCAAAGGAGGUCAUUAUCAUUCCUGUAAGCACCAAAGAGAGGUGACAAGGGGUCCAAACCAAAGAACAGUGGUACAUCAGCAUGAGCAUCAUCACCAUCACAGCCAUCAUCACUAUCACCACUAUAUUGACUAAAACUUGAAUUGUUAUAAUAUCUAAUUUUUGUUAUAUCUUUGGAUGCAAUUUGUGAAAUCAUGGCCUCACAGUACAUUCAAUUGACAGUAUUUCAAAAUAGAAAUUUAUUUUUUGUUUCUAUCUUAUCUUUAACAGAUAUGCAAUAUACAUGAUUCUUUAUCGAUUUGAAACUUGCCAUAAAUUAGCAGUAGAAGGGAUAGAGUGAAAAAAUGGGAGAAUACUUUUGGGGUUUUUUCCAUGCUGAAAAUUCAAAUAAAACCACAAAAAUUGGAUGAAGAGGUAUGACUAAGCUAGCAAUCAUAGGAAGGGGAUGGGAUGUUUCAGGUUUUUUUGGGGGGGGUGGGGGGUAAGGAUUGGCCCUUCUAGUAAGAUUACUCCAUCCCUUUGCUGCAUUAAUCUAUGACCACUUAGAGGAAUUAAACUAAAGGCCACCAAGUAAUUUUUUUAGAAUAGAUACAAAAUAUUAUAUAUUAUGUAUAAUAUACAACAAGGUAUUUAAUGCUGUAGUAAUAUGUGAAUAACAACUUUAACACUGUAUACAUACUUACAUAUAUACCUAACAACAAAGCUAUAUUACUUUAAACUCAGAAAAUAUAAAAUCAAGAAACUAUGGACUUCUUACGUUUAUAGUUUCAAGUUAAUGACAAAAAGAGCGAUCCAAAGGACAUUUUAUCAAAUGUCAGGUGACAUUUUGUAGGACAGAUUAGGCCUUCACGAUAUAUUUGUUUACGAAAUAAUAAGUAGUGAUAUUCAUUGAACUUUAAGGUGAUUUAAUUAAGAGGCUACAUGAUUAUUUCUAAUCAGUAAAUAUUUCAUGCUCAAUAUUUCAUUGUUCUUAGGACAAUCAGAUGUUAAGAACCUGUCUCAACUUUUUUUAAUCAAGUCUUUAAUGAUUACUUUUCUAGUGGUGACAAACACAACUUUAUUUUGAUAAAAGACCUUUAUAAAUUAAAGGAAUUUUUUUUUUUUUUUUUACAUUCAGUUGAUGCCUGAAAUUAGAAUAAACAUAUAGUGAAGAUAAAACUUAAUGAAAUUAAAUCCUGGUUGGAACAAAAUUUAUUAUGAUAUCUAACAUCUGCAAGAACAUGCAUUCUUUACAAAUACGAAUAGAGAACUUGAUUACCUCAUCAUUUACAUUUAUGUAACCUUGUGUACACGUCCAUGGAUUCUUAUAUUUAAGCCAAUUUUAUCAAUAAUAAUAAUAAUAAUAAGAGUUAAAUUACCACACUUUUGUUAUGAUUCUAUCCCACAUCAAGGAUAUGGAGCUUAGCCGUUCUGUUCAUAAUAGUAUGUUAUUAUUCUCUAGCAAUUUUAAUUGUUUUAUCAUGCUUAGGAUUUAGAAUUAGGGCUUAGAAAUUUAAUAAUAUAUUAAAAACUUCAAUAUUAUGGAAUUUAAAUACAAUCAGUAUUUUCAUUGUUGGGAUGUUUUCAAAGUUUUAGAGGAAGUGGAAGUGGUAUGCAUGUGGCUGUUCAAUCAAAACAAAUAUCACCAAAAGUAUGAAUUUCCUUUGAAGCUGAAGAUGAACACAUUACAGAUAAUAUAGAGCUCUUAAGCGUGACGUUACUCUUAUGGAAAACAAGUCCAAAAAGAGAAGCAUUUCUAUAAAGAUUUAAAAAAUUUUUCUCUGUGCCAGGUUUAAUAUAUUAGACUGCGUAAUGCAGAAAUUUGUUGAAUUAAUGAGACAAAAUGUGGCCAUGCCACACAAUUUAGUCCACCUCAUUUUGCCUCCCGUACUAAACUAUCCAGAACGAGGAAAAAAAACUAUUAAAUCAUUGAAAAAAAUUUUUUGGUUUAUUUUCAUGGUGUUUGUGAGAGUUGGAUCUGAAAAUGUGUUAUAACUUAACAGCUCUAAAAAACAAUCUUGAAAAACAGCAUAAUAAUAAUAUUAUUGCAAUAAUUAUUGCUAUGUAUUGGUUGAAAUUCAUUUCAAACAUCAAUGUCUUCAACCUUUGUAAUUAAUAAAUGUCUGGCCUGAUCUAAGUUAUUAGUGAGGCUUGGAAGCACUAAUUGAAUCAGUAGCUAGAGGAAAGACGAAAGAGGACUAAUAUUUAAGUAUGCUAAUAAUUUGUAAAGAACUCUCCAAUUGUUGCUAAACCUUUCAUCCAUUAGUAAAGGCAGUGCUGUUUUAUUGAUUAUAGUAUUUCAUCAUCUUCAAAUUUUAUAAAUAUGUACAUAUUCUUGUAAAAAGUUKAUAACGUUCAAUGUAAAAUUCUAUCAAAUAUUAGGUUUAUAUGUUACCAUACAAUUAUUAAACACUUCCAAAAUUAA